AUGUGAAUUCAAAAUUUGUGUCUUGAUAUAAUGUCAGAGAAGUUGGUGGGAAAAACGGUGCUAAAGCGACAUGAGGUGGCCAGGCCGGUACAUAUUCAAAGACUGGAGGCCGCAUUAGAUGUGCGCCCGUUUGUGAGUCAAGUAGAGAAGAUUCUGAACUCUGAUGUUGCCUCGGAAAGUGAUGAUGACUCGGACGCUAAAUCUAUUGUUAAUGAGAUGUCCAAAGGGGACCGAAUGUUGCAUGGAGUUGUCACUACAAAACAAGAACGUCAGAGUGACCGUCUUAGAUUAUACAACUUCAGUUCAGUGGGAGAAGAAAGAGAAUGGUUGAGAGAUGUUUUACUAUCAUCUGAGUCUGAUACAUCUAGCGAUGAAGAAUCUCCUCUUGGUAAAGAGUUAAGAAUACAGAGAAUGCUCAAAGAAAGAAGAUAUCAUAAUAGAUAUGCCAAGAAAUAUUAUAAAGAUCAAGGAAAUUCCCGUUACAUGUACUAUGGAGCUGGUCUUCUAUCUACCGUUGACCGAUAUCCUGAACGUCGAAUUAGUCGACCAGUACCGCCUCCACCAUCAACCAGAGGACGUCGUGGCAGGCCCUCAGAGAGAGGUUCUGCACGGGGUAUGAACAAAGCCCGGAGGGGAAGAAUCAGAGAUUCACGUGGCAAUGAUGGGAAUGAUCUGCCUGAUGGUGUGGAUUGGGAGGAACAGCUUCGUAAUCUUAAGGAGGAGAACGAAAAUGACGAGUAUGGCAUAUCCACUGAAAAGACUGGAGUCAGGGGUCGCAAGAAACUUUCAACAUUGAAAAGCCCGGAAGCCCUGACGGCUAGAAGACGUCGCCAUUGGUUACUGUUAGUGAAAAAAGAACUUGGCAAGGUGCAAAGAGCCAGAACUGCUACACAUAGAGAAGUGAUGCUGCAGAGGAAACGUCUCGCUACAUUGUGUUGUAAACAUUGGCGACAUAUAGCCAUGCAGUCCCAGAAAAAUAUGAAGGAAACUGUCUGGCGCUGUAAGCGUCUUAGUCGAGAGAUGCAAGCGUAUUGGAGGAGAUACGAUCGAGCUGAAAGAGAAACGAGACGCCGGAUGGAAAGGGAGGCUGAAGAACAGAGAAAGAUGGAUGUAGAACUAAUGGAAGCAAAACGGCAGCGUCGUAAAUUGAAUUUCUUGAUUACACAAACGGAACUGUACGCCCACUUUAUGCAACGAAAGAUGAAUGCUGCAGAUGAUUGUGAAUAUGGCGCAGAUAGUAUCCUGAGGCAGUUGGAUGAAGACAGAGAUCCUAGGCUUGCUGCCAUAGACCAUUAUGAUAGCGAGGCGAUGAAGGCUCGCGCGUCACGCAACGCGCGCGAGGCGUUCCGCGCGGAGCGGGCACGCGCGUCGCUGUUCGACGCGGCGGCGGGCGCGGCGGCGGACGGCUCGGAGCCCGACGCGCCCGCCGACGAGCGCCGCGGCGACCACGACCAGCCCGCCAUCUUCCGCGGCACGCUCAAGGGCUACCAGCUCAAGGGCAUGAACUGGCUCGCCAACCUCUACGAUCAGGGUAUUAGCGGAAUUCUAGCAGACGAAAUGGGUUUAGGAAAAACAGUACAAUGCAUAGCUUUCCUGUGCCAUGUAGCAGAAAGGUUAGGAGUAUGGGGACCGUUCCUAGUUGUCUCUCCGGCGUCUACUUUACAUAAUUGGCAGCAGGAAAUGCAAAGAUUUGUUCCAGAUUUCAAAGUGGUGCCAUACUGGGGCAGUCCAUCCGAACGCAAAAUCCUCCGACAAUUCUGGGAACGCAAAGAUCUUCACACUCGGCAGGCAGCAUUUCACGUGGUGGUGACGUCCUAUCAGAUAGUUGUAUCAGACUUGAAGUACUUGAACAGGGUAUCUUGGCAGUACAUGAUAUUGGAUGAAGCUCAAGCGAUUAAGAGUUCCGCCAGCAUGAGGUGGAAGCUGCUACUAGGUUUUAGCUGCAGAAAUCGGUUAUUGCUUUCUGGUACACCAAUCCAAAAUAGUAUGGCGGAGUUAUGGGCUUUAUUGCACUUUAUAAUGCCGACAUUAUUCGAUUCUCACGAGGAGUUCAAUGAAUGGUUCUCUAAAGACAUAGAGAGCCAUGCGGAAAACAAGAGCACCAUUGAUGAGAAACAUCUGUCCCGUUUACACAUGAUUCUAAAACCAUUUAUGUUACGACGAAUUAAGAAGGAUGUAGAAAAUGAGCUCUCUGAUAAAAUCGAAAUCAUGGUCCAUUGUCCGCUUACUAUCCGGCAGAAGUUAUUGUAUAUAGCUUUAAAAAAGAAGAUCAAAAUAGAGGAAUUACUGCAUUAUUCAGUUGGAGCAGAAUCAGGUCACAAUGUUGACAAGAAUUUCACGUCUAAUCUUAUGAAUUUAGUUAUGCAAUUUAGAAAGGUCUGCAAUCACCCAGAGCUUUUUGAACGCCGUGACGUCAAGUCUCCAUUCGCUAUGCAAGUAGACGACUAUCACAUACCAAAACUCGUAGCUGAAGAAGGCAUAUUGAUCCGAUCAAUACCUUCGAAACGUCACAUAGUUUACAAUAUCAUGUCUAUUCUCUCACCGGAAUAUAUACAAAGGAGUAUAAACGGUGAAGAAUUGGUGAUAAGGAGUGAAAACGGAGAACAAAUGGGAUUUGAUAAUGGAUUGUUUGCUUUUAUGAGAUUUGUAAAUAUAUCCCCCAUGGAGUUGUAUAGGGUUAUGCUGUGUGGAUGGUUGUAUGCUAUGCAACACAUAGAGUAUUGUCUUGAGACAUAUGAGAAACUGCGCCAUCGUCAAUAUUGGUGGAGUAACUUCCAACAAGGUGAAGUAAAACAGGAGGAGACAGAGAUCGACGUAUGUCCCGAGUACUAUGAUCGAGUGAGAAGCAAAGACAUGUUGCUGAUAUGCCCAGAUGGCGACACAUUUAAAAAGAGGAAAGAGGAUAGUUUGAUGUGGAGUGAUAUGCUGUUCACUGACCCUUUGUGGGUCCAAGGAGGUCCCUUCUACACUCACACUGAUUAUACGAUACACUAUAUACCGGAAACUAUAGAACAUAAAGCAAUGCGAGUCAGGAAUCAGAGGGAAAAAGAUGGCCAGACAGAAAUGCUCAGUGAAAUUAAGACAGAAGAAGGUGGUGUGAUAUCGGUGCAGCCGAUGGAAAUCCCAGACGUGCCGUUCGUCGAACGACCACCUGUAGUGUACCUGGAAAUGCCUACUACACUGCCUGCUUUCUUGUUUACUGUUCAGCAAAAGGUGUGUAGCGCGACGCGCGGCGUGUUCGCGUCGUCCCGGCGCCACUCGUACCACGCCACGCGCCACGCGCACUGCGAGAGCGCGGCCGGCUGGCGCUGCGUGUGGCGCCUCGUGGCCGCCGCGCGCCCGCCCGCCGGCUGGGCCUCGCUGCAGGUGCCAGAUAAAAAUCAACUAGUCAGCGACGCGGGCAAACUAACAGCAUUAGAUUCUCUGCUCAGGAGACUGAAAGAACGUGGCCACAGAGUGCUCAUCUACAGCCAAAUGACCAAGAUGAUUGAUUUAUUGGAGGAAUACAUGUGGCAUCGGAAACACAAAUACAUGCGGUUAGAUGGUUCCAGUAAGAUUUCAGCUCGGCGAGACAUGGUGGCAGACUUCCAAGCGCGUGCAGACAUCUUCGUGUUCCUCCUUUCAACUCGUGCAGGAGGUCUCGGCAUCAACUUAACAGCAGCCGAUACCGUCAUCUUUUACGACUCAGAUUGGAAUCCAACCGUUGACCAGCAAGCCAUGGACAGAGCUCACCGACUCGGCCAGACGAAACAAGUAACCGUGUACCGACUAAUAUGUAAAGGAACUAUUGAGGAGAGAAUCAUGCAGAGGGCUAGAGAAAAGAGUGAGAUUCAAAGAAUGGUUAUCAGUGGUGGUAACUUCAAACCAGACACUUUGAAGCCCAAAGAAGUAGUGUCAUUACUUUUGGAUGAUGAAGAAAUUGAACUGAAGUACCGACAGAAGUCGGAGGAGAAAAAACAGAUGGAGGAAAGAGAACGGAAAAGGAAGAUGGGACUUUUGCCUCCUGUUCAACAACCGGCAAGUGUGGAGGCUAAGCGCGCGCGAGACUCGGCCUCGGAGCCAGGCAGCCCGCUCCAGGUGGACGAUGACAACGAUAACCUCGUCGUCGACAUACCGCCGCAGAUACCUGCUAACAUACCGUUUUCUCCAGCGGUGCGCCACUCGCCGUGGGGCGUGUCGCGCGGCAACCGCGGCGGGCGGCGCGGCCGGCCUCGCGGCUCGCGACACGCUCUGGGCCGCCGCCCCGAGCCUGCUCCCGCCGACAACGCCAGCGCCGUCGCCGCCGGUCAGUGGUGGCUUUGUGUCAUCGGUCAUAUGUUCGCUGGCGUCGUAUAA